UUAGUGCGUUCCCUCGGGAAGUCGACGUCAGUUUCAAGCAGGAUUUGCAGGUCCACCAGCGUGCUGAGGCAGUAUCAAUCGAAAGGCCAGCGAGGGUGCCCCUGGUAUAUUAUAUCACGCAGUGAGGUAUUGGGUUGGAAUAGAAGCUCUAUCGACCGGCUUAAGUGUCAGCUUUACUCUUUCUUCUUUAAAGAUAGAGGACAAAGGGAAUCACCACUCUAGCGGCCCUUGAUCUUUGGCCCGCCAAUAGUAGCCCCUCUUCAGCGCUGUUUUCCAUCCAUCUCUUCAAGAAGAACAAGCAAAAUAUCACUAGUGAAAGAAAGAACGAAAGACACAUCCAUCCAUGAACGUCCCUGAGAAGACCAUGAUUCCGGAGGUUUUUGAAUCUCGCAAGCGCAAGAUUCUUGCGGAACUGUCCAUCCCGGACGCAGAAUAUACCGAUUUGUCGCCAAAGGGGUCAGUUGAUGAAGGAAUCCGCGUGCUUAUCAACGACAUCAACGCUUUGCCUGGGUUGGUGACCACGAGCAGCUGUGCCGGGCGUAUCAGUGUAUUCUUGGAGGGGAGGAAGAAGCAGCACCAGGUGCUGUCAGACGAGCAACAGAGACAGUUUGUACCUUCAGGAGGUAAAGGAGCAGGAAAAUGGUUAUAUGUGUCCCACGAGCCAUUGGAAGACGAUGGAAAGACGCAAGAUCAAGAGCGUCAGCGUCUGCAUGAAAUGUUUGGAAUGAUCCCUGGCGAUGGCAGGCCCCCGGGGCUGAACAAGAACAGCCAAGCCCCACGUCUCGUGCGCUUUUCAUUCGAGCCUAUGAUCCUCCACAUAAUGACCGCCACUUUACACCACGCGCAUCCUGUACUGUCUGCUGCUUCAACUUCUGGCUUUCGUGAAAGCGGAUUGCAGAGCUUACGGUGCUUGGAAGCAGAUGACAAUGAUGGUCCGAGCCCCAUUGUUGCUGUUCGAUCUGCCGGUCUCUCGUUGGAGUCUGUCAUCGGAUAUUGCGAGGAGAAUGAAGACGACGACCAAGAACCUGUUAUCCACAGUCUGGUCACGGAAGAGUUCCUUGAAAUGCUGGUUGCCAUUUCGAAUGAACGAUUCUCUGUAAAUUCCGAACGCAAGGAGAGAUUUCGCACAAACCUGUUAGAUCUUUGCUCUCCGGUUCGGACCCAUGGCGUGAAGACGAAAGGAAAGGCCAAGCCCCCUGGCUGGGAGGACCCAGAGAAACGAAGGGAGAGGAUGAGGGCGGAAGGGCUGUUGAGGAAACAACUCAUGGAGAACCAGAGAAAAGAAAAGGAUAUCGAUUUGGAUUCAUCUGUUCCUAGUCUGGAGCAAUGAGAGCCCUAGAAGGGUACCUUUUUUUCGUUUCUUAUUUUGAUGUACAGAAAAGCAGUGAGAGUUUCGAGAUGAUUAUG